GAUCUGGCUGUGUCACUGAGGGUGGCGCCUUGACCCCGGCUCUGCCCGCCCCCUGACCCCCCCAAGCUCUUAGGGAAGAUGGUUUUGUCCGUCUGUGUCCUUUAGGCCCUGCUGUUCUGUGAGUCGGUGACUUGGGGCCUGUGGUAGUCAUGCUCCCGCUCCCGGGGGCUCUGACUGACAGCAGCCUUACCUCGCGGCGUCCUCGGGGUGGUUGCGCAGGACAUGGAGGCCAGGAUGCUGGCCGUGUGCUUGCCAUUCGGGAGGCGCUUCCCUUCUGACCGCUCUCACCCGAGAGCCCCGUGUCCCCCCUGAGCUGUGGGUUAGAUGGUCACUUGCCCUUCGGGGACAAACCCGGAGACGCUAUCUAAGAAAAGGCCGUCGGAUUCAUCUUUCCCUGUCCCCAGCCCCCUGCAGUUCACAGGGAAUCCUUUUGGGAGGCCGCAGUCCCCUGAGACACAGCUGACCCACAGGGUCCUCCCUUCAGAGCUGCUCUCAGGGACAUCUCCAGGUGGUUUGGAAGGUUCGGCAGUAACCCAGCUGUCUGGAGCUGGGGAUCUUUUCCUCAGGGGUCGAACGUGGCAGCCUCUAGCUCAGCAGUGGCGGAGUCGGCCUCAAGCCCGGCUUCCAGCAGUGAACCGCUGUCGUGCACGCUCUGGCACAUGGGGAGCUGACCCAGACCCGGCCACCCCCUAACGUCAGGGGCUCUGCAGACCAACGGGGUUGAGAAAGAUGCGGGUGACGCUCCCCAUUGGGGACUCGGCCUGAGCUGAGGAGUGGCGAAGGCGGACGGAACAGUGCUCUGGUGGCCUGUGCCCUGGCUCUUGCCACAAGGAGAGUUUGUUUGCGGACUAGAAGCUCUGGCUCACCCACUGUAGGCUGUAUCUGUUGGGGCGGGCAGAGACGUCUUCAUUUGUUUAGUCCUCCUGUCUGCCUGUCUGUUCAUCCGUCAUUAGGCAUCUGUGCGUCCGGGUACUCUGGUGGCGCUGGGCGGCAUUGUGUGCAGAGCAUUUGAUAUGUUAAAACGUUCUUUAGGUGAAAAGAGACAUUAGGAUGCAGGUUCUAAAGUAGAACUUCUUUGAUCUAUUGUGCUUCUAUAGAUAAAUUGAACUAAAUUUCUUGUGGAAGAAAUGAGGUCAGACAUAUCUGGCACUGAACGCUUGCCUAAGGAAAAUUAUUACGGUUUGGGGAAGGAAACUGAGGGCCCUUCAGAAUGUGUCAGAAGGGUGGGGCCGUCACUGAUGGCGAUGCGGAUGGGGCGCUGGGUGUGCUGUGGGUGUUUGAGCUGCGGCUGGGUGUCGGCGGCCCCUCCAGGUGGCUGAGGCUCGGGUCUGUGCUCUUUGCCAGUUCGUGGUUGUGGUUUGACUGGAAGGAGCGUUCCAUGCACAGUGUGAGGGUGGCGGGUGGCAGUGCCCUCCCUGAAGCACCCGCUCUCCUUCUCGCCUGGUCACUGGGAAAGUGGAACAGACACAUGCUAUUGGCUUUGAGAAGUCUGGAUUCUCGGGCCACGAUCGUGUGAAAAUGACGUCUGUAUUGGUAGAUGGGAAUCAGAAACCUCAGGCUCCUGUAGAGAUCUGGAUGUGGCUUCUUUGGUCCUGCAUACGCCGGCAGGAUUCUCUUGCUCCCUUGGAAGGGGCCGUGGCCGGUGUGGCGCCCCGGCCGUGGUGCAGCACGCUGAGCAGUGGAAGCCCUGGCGCACUGAGUGCCUUUUAGAUGCCAUCUCUCUGGCUCCAUGGGCCUUUUUUUGUCUUUAAAUUUUACUCUGGCUCCCCCAUCCUACCCUCCAGUCACUUUGAUUGCGUGCCUUUGGCCAAAUUGGCUGAAGCCAGGUAUCUGCCUUCCGAGCUACUGUAGUUUCACAGUCAAAACUGUGUGACCUGAUGGUAGUAACGAUGUCCUGAGGGGACUCCUAAGUGUCUGUCUUAUUUGGUCCUCAUCGCAGCCAAGGAGGUGGGACUUGGGCAUUCUGCGCAGCUAACAGAUGAGGCAACCGCCGCCGCCGUGCUCUGCGGGCAGGCCAGAAUCGGGCCCGGGGUGGGGCCUCAGUCUCCCCACCGCCUGCGCUCCAGAGAUUCCUGGAGAGCUUUUCUGCCCUCAGGCUCUGGGAUCUCAGUCAGUGAAAUCUUUCCGUGUACCUUGACAUUUUCUUUUCUUUAAUUUUUUCCCCCACAAAAAAGUGUAUGAUUUCAUGCCUUUUCUUCCAGGAAAUCUGUUGUUCAGAAUUUAGGUGGUCCAGCAUUUUCUCCAGAAAUGUUAAUUCCAACGUAGACUGUAUGACUGGAGCUUGAGGUUGCAAAUUCCUGUUUGUCCUCUGAGCUCUUCUUCUUUGGAAACUGAAGUGCAGCUUGCAUUUUGAUGUUUGUUUACUUUUCCCCUUGGAAACACAGUCUUAAUGAAGUCAGUUUGUUUUCGCCGAUGGAACUUGUCCCGUGAUGCACACUGGUCUAAGGGCUAGAACCUUAAAAAGAAGGUGUGACCCUGGGGUCUCUGUGACAAUGUUUCUUGUGGCACACCCCCAAACUGGUCUAUUUUUAGCUUUCAGCUUCUUGAUCAUGUGAUUUCCCACUCCUCCCCCAAGGAAAAGCAGCUUUGAUGGGGUUUGGAAAUGAAGUUCAGUCUCCAAGGCUGCUGCUGUGGUGAUGAGUAUUGGAGUGUCAGGAAAGCCGAGGAGGUGCUCCUAGAAUAGACCGGUCCGGAGACCCACCACCAGGGCGGUAACAAGGCUUGUAUUCUGAUAUCCUCCCUGGAAGUGAAGAGAGUUGGAGAGGCAGGAGGCAAAGACCUUUCAGAGCAGAGUUCAAGUCUUUCUUGCACGGGCUUGCCGCUGGGUGAUGGGGAUGUCUGAGAGAUGAAUCCCUGUCCAGCUGGUGACUUGGUCUGUAUUUGCUCUUCAGCAAAGACACUUGGGCUUGGAAGGGCUCUGUGAUCCUCUGGCUUAAUUUAGAAUGGGCAAUGCUGUUGAAAAACAGAAGCCCCUGAAACGAAGCCACCUGUGUCCCUGGAAACAAGGUAAGAAGACCCCGCACUUUGUACCCAGGAAGAAGGGCUUUGGCUGCCAUCUGUUGGGAUGCUUCGGUGUAAAACCAGACCUGAGCCUGCAGGUCAGACCGUGCUUCCAGUUCAGCAUGGUCUGGAGACAAAACAGACAGUUCUGCUAAGGAAUGAAAUGGUUUGCAUCUCUGUGAUGGCCUGACUUGGCUGAAAACUUUAGUUCAGUUUGAGAUUUUUUUAUUUAGUGCAGCACAUGUCGCUGGGUUGAAAUUUUUCAGUUUUAAAAAAUAUCCCAAAGAAAAAUUUUGAUAUCCAGGAGUUUGCAUUUUUAGUGACAGUUUGGUUUAGAGAAUGUUAAUAAUAGCUUUUAAAUAUAUAGCAUCUUUCUUCCAAAGAGUUCAAAGUAUCUCCUAUUAAAGAAAAAAAAGAACAACCUUGAAGAACAACCUUGUGUUUGUCUAUCCUCGACGUCCAUGAUACAGGACAGCAGCGCCUAUUGCUACCUCCUCCGUGUCACUCGGGCUUGUGCUAGCGUUAGCUCUGAGAAGGAAGAAGCCAGAGGGGCCACAGCAGUGUGCUGCGGUGUGCCUGAACUGGAGGACCCUUGAGCAGGGUCCCAGGGCACUCGCUGCCCUUUCUCACUGUUAUUAACCUAGCAGGCCAGCAGUUCGCAGACCCAGUAGGCACCAAGAUACCAAAGAUAGUGCCCACAGGGCUUCAUCAGGUAUGGACUCUUUGAUGCCCACUUGCCAAAAAAGAAGGGAGGUAGCACCUGACCUGUAGCAAGACAGUUUGAUCGCAAGUGUGUGCACAAGUGUGCAUUUAUGAACAGAAAAAAUAAACUGGGAGAAACGCAUGGGAAUGUCAGUAAUAGUUGUCUUUUGUGGUCAGGUUAUGGAUAAUUUUUUUUUCUUCUUGAAAAAAAGUCAGUGGGGUGUGAACUUACCAUUACCCUUCUAAGUUUCCAUCAGUCAACGAGCUAGUUUGGAAAAGGUACUCCUUUCUGGUCCUUUAUCAAAUCCUGCUUUGAAUAAAAAAACGAUGAAAGACAUUUGAGGGACAGACCAGGAAAUUUGAAUAUGAACUGGGUGGUAGAUGGUAUUUGGAAACUGUUGCUAAAAUCAUUGUGUGUUGGUGGUAAUGAGUCAUGUAGGAGAAUGUCCAUUUUGGUAUCGUCAUGCUGAAGUAUUUAGGAGGAAAGGGUUAUACUGGCUAUAAUUUUACUCUAAAAUGGUUCAGGUGAGUGAGUGAACACUUGCAUAUAGGUAAGAAAAACAGGUAAUGAAUAUAUGAGAUUUGUUAUAUUUUCUUUAAUGUACUUUACCCACUUGGGGGAGAAAAACAUUAAAAAAAAAAAAAAAGCAGUUGCUUUUUAUGUCAUAAUACUUUGUCCUUCAAAAGAAUGACUCUUAGCAGACACGGGUGUUUACAUGUGGGCUGGGAUGCAACACUGUCUCUUACUGCCAUGUGGGCUGGUAUUUCCAGUUACCGAGAAGAAAAGCCGCAUGAUCCAAUAACACAAAUCACCAGUGUUAGAACAGGAAUUUAACAUUUUACUUACUUUCAAGUUGUCUCUGGUUUUCCUUAGGAAAAUGUAUGAAUGAAAGCGUCUUGACAUUUCCACUGGAAGCAGCUGGGUUUACAGACAAAAAUGAAAGCUGUUGUGUUGUGUUGUUUACUUGUGUUCAGAAAUGUAAGUGAGAGGGACUGAUGGCAGGGAUUUCAGAAUCCACAGCGAACUGGGGGUAGAAAGAGCAAUUAAUUGCUGCUGAUUUCUGGGUCUUCACAGAUCCUUUGGACCAGGAGCACGUUUCUGCCAGUGUAGGGAUUUGGUUUGUGCAUGGGAGAUCCCGUACCUGCAGUUUAUUCUCCGAUCCAACAUCUGUGGAUGCUCUGCCAAGGACCCACAAUAACAGGGGUGUGGAGUUUAUCUGUUCUUCCCAGUUUGUCUUUGUCAGUAAAGGCUAUUGAUGUUUUGAUACAGUAAUUUCAGAACAGUGUUCAGGAGUGAUUUUGUGAAUUCUCGUCACCACCCUGAGCCUGAUGUGAAGUCCAGGCUCAGCACAAACAUGAAAUCACAGGGACUGACUUGAUGGCUUCAGGCUGGAGGGCACGCGGCGUGGAAUCAGUGCCUUGCUUUAGGGGCAAGUGAAACGGGGUCUUGGCCUCGUGUGUGGUGGCUGCAGGCUGCUGCAACGGCCCCGGCUCCCUCUGACUGCUGUCCAGCCUGUCUGUUGGCCUGCCAUGGCAGACUUUAACCUGAGCCAGACAGUCGUGAUUAGGAAGGUCAGAUCCAGAAUAAAUUCUGAAGGGACAUUUAAAGGAAAUCAUUAUCUGCUUUUUAGACCAUUUAUGUUUCUGCUCCCAUGUUGUGUGAUCUGGGCAGUUAAGAAACUGAGGUGACAAAAUACUAGUUUGAGAAAGAUGACUCUCACUGUCUCUGCUUGCUGUCCCCCUAAAAGAGCAUUUUACACGCAGUAAUGUCUCUCUAAUGAUUUUAAACAGUGUGAGCCGUAGACCCUUUGAAGGGACCAACGUUACACUCUCUGACUCUUACAAUCCUAGUUUUUCUUAACAGCUCUCAAAACCCAAGACUUAAGAAAGAGACAGUACAGCCUUUUUUUGGUUUUUACACUAAUGAAUAGUUGCCAUAGUUGAUAAAUUGGAAUCAUUUGUAUUACCAUGCUGAGUUCUAGCAGGUCCCUGCCCAAAAAUAUAGGAUGGGAGAUGGGAUAAGGCAGUAGCUUCUAUGAUCCUCCAUAGUCCAGCCAGCCAGAGCUCUGCCCUGUCUUGCUGUCUGACUUUGAACAAGUGAAUUCUGGUUACUGCAUGACCUGAUCAAAACCCGAGGGCUGUCUGUCGGGGUUGUGGUUCUGCCCUCCACACCCGCCCAGCACAUGGCCCUCGGUGGCCAAGCUGAGUGCUGCCUGGCUCCCGGGUCUAGCACAGGUGUGCCUGGGGUAUGAAAGGCGCUGCGUGGUUCCUGGUGCGUGGUAGGCGCUACUGGUGCUGGCCUUCGGCUUUGCGGUUCUCUGCCCAAAGUAGAGACAUCGGGGGAUGAAAACGGGUACAACCUCCUGUGUCCCACAGCAGUUCUGAAUUCACAAAGACUAAAUUUAUCAACAGUUGUUCACAGUGCAAAAAAUUGCUUCACUAAAGGUACUUAAAUCAUUUAGUCAGCGUUUGGUUGUUGAUGCUUGACCCCGACAUCCGGGGAAGCCUUCAGCCUAGAGCUGCACUGAACUUCUGUGAAAUAUACCUGUUAUCCCCUGCUCUCAGAAGACUUCCUUGUUUCUUCUGGUCCUUCCCCCCCUGCCAGGAAUAACUUGAAGGGUGGCUGACGGUGGUUAUCCUGGCUUUGGGGAAUACAACAUGAGCAGACGUUUCCUUGGGAAUUAAACGUCGUGGCUGUAGCUGCACACUGAAUUAUCUCCCUCAGAAAACCCCCCAGUGUGAGGCCACGCUGGCAUGGCAAAUGGAAAUAUUAAUGAUUUGCAUAUUUGUACACAGCUGGGUGUGAGUGAGUGAAACAAACACCCUCAGUGGAAGCGCUGACUGUAAAAAGUGUCCUUCCCGGGCUAGGGUGCCUAUGGGCUUUGCAGCCCCGAGAAGGAGGUGCCUGGCCAGGGUGGGGGUGGGGAGUCACGGAUUUGCAUAAAUUCAGCACGCUCUCUGGUUCCUCUGCCACAGGGGCAGAUUUAUAAUUGUCUGAAUUCCAGUCAGCAGCAGUGUUUAGACUUGCCUCUACAAGCUUGUCCCAAGCUGGCUAGUGUGCCAGAUCAUUACCAUUGAUGGCUUUUCUGGCCGCAGCUGGAGCUGGCCUCCUUUCCCCCCACACCACCACCCCUAUCUGUUGUCUGCCCUCACUCCAUCGCUCUGGGGGGCUGCCAUGCUCCGGAACGUGCUCCAGAACAUGCAGGGCUGGGUGCUGCGCUCCCGGCACCCCACUCAGGGCCUUCCCACUGAGAGAGGCCAGCCACACGACUUUACAUAUCCCAACCUGUUUCCUGAUUUCUGUGUGACAUUAAUAAUAAUGCAUACCUCGAAGGACUGUUGUGCACAAUUAAAUGAGAUAAUAUAUGUAAAGGGUCAUAGCCCUUAGCAUACUCAGGCACUUGAUGAAUCAUAGUCAUUCGUGUUAUCACACGUUGCGUAAUAGAACGAACCCUGGUUUUACACAGGCCAGCUAGCAGUGGGAGCUUGGCUAACUACCCACUUCCUUCCCUCAGUUGAAGGGAUCACAUGCCAGAUGGUCUCAGAGGUGCCUGGUGAGCUGUGAAUCCGUGGCCAUCCACACCGAUCACGGCUGUUGGCGUGUGCGAGCUCCCUGUUGUUCAGUGCCUGCAGAAGGCAUGGGUGCUGCUGGGCACCGUGGUCCCCGGGGUGCUUUGUAUGGUGCUGAAUUUCUUUGAAAGUAGUUACUGCAGGACUGGGCAUAGUUGAGCUGUUCCUAGUUAACUGGAAUAUGUUACUAACCAGGAGAAUCCAUUUUCCCAUCCUGAAUAAUGUUGAAAUGUCUCUUUCCUAAUUGCAAAGUGGUUAAGAGCCUGUACACUGGAGCCCAGGUGCCAGGGUUGAUGCCUUGGUCUCCCACUUCGAGCUGGCUGAUGGUCGGCAAGUUCCUUAACUCUUGGGCCUCAGUUUUCUCCUUUGUAGAUAGUACCUACCUCACGGGGUGAUGCGAGGAUCAAGGGGUUUAUGCAUGUAAAAUACUUAGGACAGUACCAGACAAGUAGUAUACAAUCAGUAAGAGUUUAUUAUUGUUAUUUUUAGGUUAAGUACAGGGAAUUUACUUUUUAUCUUAGGUGAAAAGAUGUAAUGAAAGAAGAAAUUGGAAAAAAAUUGACAAAAUGCCAAGAGGAGAAUGCAUCUUGCAUGUCUGAAACCUGACUCUCAGCGUUCUCAUCUCUCCUCCUUCACCAUGAAGCUGAAGGACAAAUUCCACUCACCCAAAAUCAAGAGGACGCCAUCAAAGAAGGGAAAACCAGCCGAGGUGUCUGUGAAGAUUCCAGAGAAGCCCGUGAACAAAGAGGCAACAGACAGAUUUCUACCAGAGGGCUACCCUAUCCCCUUGGAUCUGGAGCAGCAGGCAGUAGAGUUUAUGUCCACCAGUGCUGUGGCUUCCAGGUCUCAAAGGCAGAAGAACCUGAGCUGGCUGGAGGAGAAAGAGAAGGAAGUUGUCAGUGCCUUGCGCUACUUUAAGACCAUUGUGGACAAAAUGGCUAUUGAUAAGAAGGUCCUGGAGAUGCUCCCGGGGUCCGCCAGCAAGGUGCUGGAGGCCAUCUUACCCCUGGUGCAGAGCGACCCUCGAAUUCAGCACAGCUCAGCCCUCUCCUCCUGCUACAGCCGAGUGUACCAAAGUCUCGCCAACCUCAUCCGUUGGUCUGACCAGGUGAUGCUGGAAGGCGUGAACUCAGAAGAUAAGGAGAUGCUGACAGCUGUGAGGGGGGUCAUCAAGGCCGUGCUGGAUGGAGUGAAGGAGCUGGUCAGACUCACCAUCGAGAAGCAGGGGCAUCCGUCUCCAACAAGCCCUGUGAAACCCAGCUCCCCAGCUUGCAAACCUGACAGCCAGUCUGAGCUCCCCCUGACGGAUCGAGAGAUGGAGAUACUAAACAAGACGACCAGCCUGUCACAGUCAACCGAGGGGCUCCAAGACUCUAUGGACGAAGAGGUUGCACCCCCCAAGCCCCCCUUACCUGGCAUUAGGGUGGUUGAUAACAGUCCUCCACCAGCACUGCCCCCGAAGAAGAGACAGUCGGCUCCAUCCCCCACCCGUGUGGCCGUCGUGGCCCCCAUGAGUCGAGCCACCAGUGGCUCCAGUUUGCCUGUUGGAAUUAAUAGGCAGGACUUUGACGUGGACUGUUACGCACAGAGACGGCUGUCGGGAGGCAGCCACUCGUACAGCGGUGAGUCUCCCCACCUGUCGCCCUGCAGCAGCAUUGGCAAGCUCAGCAAGUCGGACGAGCAGCUGUCCUCUCUGGACAGGGACAGCGGGCAGUGCUCCCGGAACACAAGCUGUGAAACACUAGAUCAUUACGAUCCUGACUACGAGUUCCUUCAGCAAGACCUCUCCAACGCAGACCAGAUACCUCAGCAAGUGGCCUGUAACCUCAGCCCGCUGCCAGAGUCCUUGGGGGAGUCUGGGUCUCCCUUUCUUGGCCAUCCUCUCCAGUUGCCCCUGGGCAGCUGUCCCCAGCCAGAUGGGUCCUCAGCCCCCGGGCAGCAGACAGACGUGCCGCCGGCCCUGCCCGAGAAGAAGCGCAGGAGUGCGGCCUCCCAGACCUUGGACAGCUCUGGCUGCCGGGCGUCCUACGAGCGACACCCCUCACAGUACGACAACAUCUCCGAGGACGACCUGCAGAACCCAGCCUCCGUCCAGUCCGUCCCCUUCACGCCCUUUGCUGCUAUUCUUCCCUUUCAGCAAGGAGGUUCCUCAGCCUCUGUUGACUUCAUGGGUGAUUUCACUGUUUCUGAAUCAACGGGUGACCCAGAAAAACCGCCACCUCUCCCCGAGAAGAAAAACAAACACAUGCUGGCCUACAUGCAGCUGCUCGAGGACUACUCGGAGCCACAGCCCUCCAUGUUCUACCAGACGCCGCAGAAGGAACACGUGUACCAGCAGAAGAACAAGCUGCUCAUGGAGGUGUACGGCUUCAACGACUCCUUCAGUGCCAGCGACGCCGCACACGAUCUCGCCCCGCCCCCCGCCCUGCCCCCCAAGCAGCGGCAGCUGCAGGCCUCCUGUGCUGCUUCUUCCUUCUCCUCUGUCUCCUACUGUGUCCAGCAAACUAAAGUGGCCUUCACCCCCGAGGACGGCAGUGCCGCUCAGGGCAUCAGUGUGUCCGUCUCUAACUCCUUUCUCAGCCGGCACGGCAGCUUACCUGUGCCCUCGUACAAGUCCGUGUUUAGGUCCUACUCGCAGGAUUUCGUGCCUCACAGCCAAGCUUCCGUCCAGCCUUUCCUUCCGUCUACCUCCUCUUCCUCUCCACACUUCCCACCUGUCCACCAGUCUCAGAGCUCUGACUUAGCCGUGCCGCCCGUGGCCAGUCUGCCUCCCAGCACCCUGGACGGGCCUCUCUCAUCUUCUCAGGAGAGCAGCUUUCACGGGAACACUGUCUGCCUUCCUUCCGAAACCUCUUUCACUGACUCGCCCCAGACGCCUUCGAGCGAGCACGCCUGUGAGGGGGACUACGUCAGUCUGUAUUGCUCUGGCCAGAGCAGCGAGGAGCUGGCCCGCCCUCGAGGAGAGUCACCCGCGGCGAAGGACGGACACUCCAGAGACGCCACGUCGGCCAGCUGUGUGCCCGGAAAGGAGGGCAGGGACAGCGGGGACAGGGCCCGGAAGUCGCCAGAUGCUCCAGAGGCUCAGUCAGAGGAGGAGGUGGACGAGCUCUCCCUCAUUGACCACAACGAGAUCAUGGCGAGGCUGACCCUCAAGCAAGAGGGCGAUGACGGGCCAGACGUCCGUGGAGGGUCAGGCGACAUCCUCCUCGUCCACGCCACAGAGACGGACAGGAAAGAUCUGGUGUUGUACUGCGAGGCCUUCCUGACCACCUACAGGACCUUCAUCACUCCCGAGGAGCUCAUCCAGAAGCUGCAGUACAGGUACGAGAAGUUCUCUCCUUUCGCCGACACAUUCAAGAAGCGUGUGAGCAAGAACACAUUCUUCGUGCUGGUGCGGGUGGUGGACGAGCUCUGCCUGGUGGAGCUGACGGAAGAGAUCCUGAAGCUGCUAAUGGAGCUGGUCUUCCGCCUGGUGCGCAGCGGGGAGCUCAGCCUGGCGCGCGUGCUCCGCAAGAACAUUCUGGACAAGGUCGACCAGAAGAAGCUGCUCCGGUGCGCCAACUCCGACCAGCCCCUGGCGGCCCGGGGAGUGGCAGCCAGGCCCGGGACCUUGCACGACUUCCACAGCCAUGAAAUAGCCGAGCAGCUGACUCUGCUAGACGCCGAGCUCUUUUAUAAAAUAGAGAUUCCUGAGGUUUUGCUUUGGGCUAAAGAGCAGAACGAGGAGAAGAGCCCGAACCUGACCCAGUUCACGGAGCACUUCAACAACAUGUCCUACUGGGUCCGGUCGAUAAUCAUGUUGCAGGAAAAGGCCCAAGACAGGGAGCGGCUGCUCCUGAAGUUCAUCAAGAUCAUGAAGCACUUACGGAAGCUGAACAACUUCAACUCCUACUUGGCCAUCCUCUCGGCGCUGGACUCGGCCCCCAUUCGCAGGCUGGAGUGGCAGAAACAGACCUCAGAGGGCCUGGCCGAGUACUGCACGCUGAUCGACAGCUCGUCAUCCUUCCGCGCCUACCGGGCCGCCCUCUCGGAGGUGGAGCCGCCCUGCAUCCCGUACCUGGGGCUCAUCCUGCAGGACCUCACCUUCGUCCACCUGGGGAACCCAGACUACAUUGACGGGAAGGUGAACUUCUCCAAACGCUGGCAGCAGUUCAACAUCCUGGACAGCAUGCGGUGCUUCCAGCAGGCGCACUACGACAUCCGGAGAAACGACGACAUCAUUAACUUCUUCAACGACUUCAGUGACCACCUGGCUGAGGAGGCCCUAUGGGAACUCUCUCUGAAAAUCAAACCCAGGAAUAUAACGAGGAGGAAGACAGAUAGAGAAGAGAAGACCUAGGGGUGGCUGCCGCGGGUGAGGAGAACGCCCAAGAGAGGCGCAGGGCUGCUCCGAGGCUGAAGGGACUUUGGACCUGUGCGGUGGCGGUGGCCCGGGCAGGCCCCUGCUGUGCCAGGCAGGCGUCCGCAGCCCAUGGCCAGCUCCAUCCUGCACAGGAACAGACCCCCAGCCAUGGCAGAGCCACAAGCAGCUCUCACAGCCGAGCCAUGACCCGGCGGUGUGGGUUUGGUUGGGGUUCUUCUUUCGCACCGUCUUCCGCUCUGCCUGUGUCCCCUCCCUGAGCCCGGGAGCCGCAGAGCACGUGGUCAGCAGACUGAGGGACAGGGGCCCGCGGGCCGGGGCUGCCCGCCCGGUGACCAUGGAUGACAGGACCUGCAGGUGGGCGGGGAGACUGGGCAGACUCCUCUCACUUCCCACGCACUGCUUUUUCAGCGGAGGAGGGGGGCAUUGCUCACCUGGCCUGGAAAGGUACGACAGGGGGCCCCUCAGCAGCCCGGAGCUGGGGCUCUGCUCACGGUACCGGCCUGCCCUCGCCAGGCCUGAGCAGCAGCCGUGUUGGUCCUGUUUCGCCCUUUCGUCUACCCCCGCCCUCACCCCCCGACCCGGGCACUGCGGGAGCUGGGCAGGCAGGCCGUGACCCGCCCCCAAGGAUCACUCCAGCUAAGUGGGGCCGGCGCUCUUGGUGAGUCCCUUCAGAGAGGGGAGGGUGGGCCAGUGGCCCCGCCUCUGUCGCUUGCCAUGUGCCUUAAACUCCAGCUCCUGCGGGCUCCCCUCCCGCCUUGUCCCCAGCCUGCUGGGGCCAGACGGGCUGCUCUUCAGCCCUUUCUGCCGGCUCUCCCGUGGGAGGACAGGGUCUCGGCUGCAGAGACCCGCCCGCCAUGGCGUCUUCAGGGGCAGGUGCUCUUUCACCCUGCGCUUUCCCCUAAGCCAUUCUCGCUGCUGAGGCUGACAAUCCGAGGCAAGGUCAGUGGGGGCUCCGCACACAGAGGUGCCCACCGGACUCCAUGCCAGCCAGGCCUAGGCGUGCGGGCAGGCCACCCCCCUCCUGAUUAGUUUCACAUCACUGAGUGCCCACUGUUACUGGGUUUGGGACUCGGGCAGGCAAACAGCAGGCUCGAUCCAGGCUUAGCCCAGUUUCAACAGAACGAAAAGAGUGGAAGCAAUCUCUGUUGACUAUUUAAAGAAACAACCCUGUCACUCUGAGUCCUUCAUGGGCUUCUAAACAGUUUUUACUGAGAAGCCAUCUGUCCUGUACACAGAGGGGAGGAGUCUGAAAUGUCAGCUACAACCCCUCAGCAGCGAUCCUUGGGCGGAACGCGUCACUUUAUUAUUUAAGGAGUGUGUGUGUGUGUAGAGUCGCUGUUUAUGAACAGUACUGUGUGUGGGGUUGGGUUUUAGUUUGUUCCCGCUUUUUUGAGUCCUCUCAUUUCAGCCUCCCUCCCACCUCCCUCCCGGCCUGGCCGGCUCUGCUGAUGCUGCUGCGUGUGCGGAGCCGGGCCUCCGUGGCUCAGGGCCCAGGACCAUGUGGACUGUGGUUCCCACAGCGGUGACCUGGAGUGCGGGGGGGCUUUGCCACCCCUCACUUCAGAGCAGACCGGGCACACCGUGCAGGUGGGCCAGGGGCCGGCCUGGCCAGGUGACCCCUCUGCGUGAGGACAGCAGGUGCAGUGUGUGUUUUAACUUAUUGGGCUCAGGGUUCCCCACAUCCACCUCCUGGAGACCCAUCCCUGGCUCUAGGUGCUGCCAGCCUGGCUGUGUGGUUUGUCUGGCUUAGGGGCCAAGUCAGGUGUACGAGCCAGCCUGUGUGACAAGGACGCCCUUGGGAGGAUUCGGUCCCCUAUGGGGGUCCCUUCACACCUGCGGGUGUGAGUGGGUCAGGGCAAAGGCAGGCAUGUGCCAGGUCCGAAUUAAACCCCGAUUCUGAGCAGCGCCUCCCCCCACCACCUCCCAGUGUUAUUACAUUGUAAUAUAUCCCCGACUAGACUAACCGGCUGAUCGUGGCAUCUUCCCGCAGACAUUUCAAACCUGUAACUUUUAUAUGAAAGGAAAAUAAACACAGAUGAAAGCCGCGGCCGCCUGUGUGUGCACCGCAUGCCGCGUGUCAAAGCGA